UUGGUCGUCAUCAGUGUCGACCAUUGUGUGUCAGUCGUGUUUCCAGUUUGGGCCCAGAACCAUCGCACUGUUAAAAAAGCGUACAUUAUUGUCGUCCUGGCUUGGCUUCUCGCCAUCUCACAGGGCAUUCCCUCGUUGAUCUUUGGGGAUGUUCUAAGUCACCUGGAUAUAACCAUUUGCUACAACGAUUAUUCAUUAUACCAAAACGGUCAAGAGUUAGUUACAGUCAGACCCCUCAUUACAGGUUUUAUUGUCCCUUUCAUUGUCAUCAUCUUCUGCUACUCCAUCAUCAUCCUCAAACUUCGAACCAACAGGAUGACCAAGAACUCCAAACCUUUCAAAGUCAUGACUGCACUCGUCCUUGCUUUCUUCAUCUGCUGGCUGCCCUACCACGUCUUUGUCCUCCUCGAGCUGAACCACCAAAACUACGACCACACCAUUUUAUACACCGGACUCAAAAUAGGCACUUCUAUGGCAGCAGCGAAUAGCUUCCUCAACCCAGUGUUGUAUGUUUUCAUGGGCAACGACUUCAAGGGCUCUGUGCUCUCAAAGAUGGAGCACGCAAUGGCAGACGAAGAAUGCACCACC